AUCAUUACCCGGAGGGCGGCCUGAGCGCGGCCCCGCCCCCGGGGCGGCAGUCUGUGCGCCAGGCCGCCGCGCUGCCCUCUCCGCCAGCCACCUGCUGCCCAGCCUCGCCCCGCGCAUCGCCGGAACAUGGCUGGCAAAGCACACAGGCUAAGUGCUGAGGAGAGGGACCAGCUGCUGCCAAACCUGAGGGCUGUGGGGUGGAAUGAAGUGGAAGGCCGUGAUGCCAUCUUCAAGCAGUUUCAUUUCAAAGACUUCAACAGGGCUUUCGGGUUCAUGACAAGAGUGGCCCUGCAGGCUGAGAAGCUGGACCACCACCCUGAAUGGUUUAACGUGUACAACAAGGUCCACAUCACCCUGAGCACCCACGAGUGUGCAGGCCUUUCAGAACGGGACAUAAACCUGGCCAGCUUCAUUGAACAAGUAUCAGUGUCCAUGGCGUAGGUGCAUCCUCCCUCUUUGAACUCCUCGGGGAAGAUGGGACGGAACUGCGAAUCCAGAGAGGAUCCCAAGACCCUGCUGCCUUCAUUUAGGAGUCCGUCCUGGCUUGAGAGGAUGUCAGUCAUGGCCAGCACCCCGAAUCUGGAUGUUUUCCCCUGCCACUCAUCCUUGGGGCUCUGUUACACUAAAUUGAGUAAGCUCUCCGUCUUUGCAACAUCCCAGGAAUUUCCUUUCCAGGCUGUUCCUUACCACCCUAAUUCAUUUCCCCUAGAAGUUGUAAUAGAGGGUGAAAUUGUUUCCUCGCAGAAAUCAGGACCCUAAAGGGAAUCCCAUGCUGUGACAGAAUCAUAAAUGCUCUCAUGUCUCAUGUAAAACUAUUCUAACAUUUG